UAAAUUCUCGGUAGAUCACCAAAUGGGACGUUAGUUUUCAUCUUUCCCCACAUAAGUCUAGUCUAAAAUUAAAAAUGCUCCCAACAACGAAGGUACAAUACGAUGUGGAAGGAGGAGUUUUGAAGCGAAACCGGUGUUCAUCACGAGUGUACCAAGCCGUUCUCUACGGUGUAUUACUUGCUGUAGUGGUUAUCGGAUGGGUAGUCUACCGGCAAGGCGAAGUUCUUUUACCGAAGAAGCAGAUCGCAUGUCAGAGUACGACACCAAGUAUCGAGGAACUGUCGUCCACCACUCCCGAGACAAUACGGAUUAAAGAAGAAUCGCAUAUUUCCGAAUCAUCCACUGUCGGAACCACGACGGAGUCCAUCGAUGCAUCCGGACUGAUCGACUCGUUACUUAGUCCCUUCGUCCAGUCGGAAUCCGCCAUCGUGGAGCUGACGCUGGACACCGAUGGGUUUUCGAUCAAGUUUGGAGAAAAUGAGAACAGCUUGACGAAGCUUUCUAAGGAUUCCGAGUUGAGUGCGCUAUUUGGGCUGGCACUGCAGGAGCUGCUUUCGUUGGGCCAAGACGAAACCUCCGGUCGAAGGGUGUCUGUCGAUUCCGUAAUGGAACCGGCAGAAGCAACCACUACUACAACAGAGGGAACGACGGUGGAAGAAAUUUUGAGCUGGUCGUCCGGGAAUGUGAUGGGAUUUAAGUUUCGCUACGAGGACGAUCACUGGGAGCUGGAUGUGGCAUCGGAACUAAGAUCUAGCGAGGAGGUAGCUUCGGAGGAGCGGUCGUCAAACGAGUCGGCUGUAAAUCGGCAGCAAUUGGAGACUGUUUUGUUAUAAGUCAAUAAAGAGUUAAUAAAGGCAACAACAACAAAAUUCGUUGUUUUAUUGCAGUAAAUAACGCACGUUUUAUGCAGAAAUGGCGAACACUUCAUUGCUGUCCAGAAUUAUUGCAUUACAUCUCUAUGUCAAUGAUGAUCUGCUCCACAAGGUUCGGACGUACCUUAAGCUGACCCGCCUUUGUAUGGAAGAGAACUACUUCUCUUCCCGAGGUAACUUCUACAAGCAGACGAAAGAAGCCCCAAUGGGAAACCCCCUAUCCCCCUUCCUGUGUGAACUUUUCAUGGCCAACUUGGAGACAAUCCUGAAGGAGAAAGGACUAUUACCAAACCGUUGGUGGAGGUUUGUUGACGAUAUCUUCAGCGUAGUUAAAUGGGAAGCCCUUCCACAAAUUUUA